AAAUUCGAAGUCAUUGCGAAAGACAAUUCCAAUUUUUACAUUUUUAUUUUCUAACACAAUUGGAGACAAGUCCAUUCAAAACAUCGAACCUCUUUUGCCUCUAUUCAUCUCUCUCCUCCCUUUUAAGCCUCCCUCAACCUCCAUUUUCUCUGCACAUACAUACACACAGUCCAUUCAUAUUUACAUCAAAAGAUCGAAGUAUAGAGAAAUUAUAGAGAUGGGUUUGUCCAAAGAAGAGAAAUCAAGACGAGUUCUCAGAGGAGUGAAGACUCUGUUCUUCCUCAUCACCAUGUUAAUUUCACUUCUCUGGUUCUCUGCACCUAUUCUUCUCGUCAUCGCCGACACUCUCCUCCCUGCAGCUCUCUUAUCCGCCUCUCUCUCCCCCUCCUUUCUCUCUCUAGAAACCCUCUCCUCCCAUUUGGCUAACUACGAUUUCUGCUAUUCCCUCAUCGACAUACCCCUCAUCUCCAUCAUCAGAUCAGCUGUCAUUCUAUGUGUUUAUAGUUUUUGCGACGGGCCUAGGCUUUCACGAGGGCCGUACUUGGGAACAGCGACGAUAUGCUCUGUAUCGUCGAUAAUGUUUGUGUCAGUGAAGGCUUCGUAUGUGUUUGGCGAUUCGAUUACGCGGGAAGGAGGGUGUGUUCGUGCCAUGGAAGUUUUGUUGUUCUUGUGUUCGAUGGUUUUGGCGAUGGGUCACAUCGUUGUGGCGUAUAGAACCAGUUGCAGAGAGAGAAGGAAGCUUCUUGUUUACAAAAUUGAUAUUGAAGCUGUUUCAGCAGGCAAGAAUGGGUUUCCAAGGUAUAAAAAAUUCCUCCAAGAAGAAAGAGUGAAGUGAAAAAGGAAAAAAGAAACACAUCCCCACAAGGUUGUUUCUGCUAAUUACAUUUGUCCAGACAAAUCUUUCAGGUUUUAUUCGGAGGAGAUUUGUUAUCUGGUGGACAAAACUAGGAGGAAACAACCACUUCGAUAUACCAUAUGAUAGAUAGUGUUUGUGUGUGUAUGUAUAUAUAUACAUAUACAGAUGUAUUCUUGUACCAGUAUAGAGGGCUGGAGAUUUGACAACUCUUAUCUCCACCAACAUUGUACAGAAUUUUCUUUUAAUUUAUACAAGCUGGAAGUUGUCUCUA